CUCUCACAACCGAGUGAGAGAUUGGAGACCUUGGAAUAUGAUCAGUGAAAGAGCUAGGAAUUGAGGAUAAAGGCAUCGAACGCUCGUCUGUCAUCGUUCAAGGAAAACUUCGCCUUCAGCAGACCAGGAGCAAGAGGCACAGUCGUUCACGAAUGUGCAUCGCUACACACCAUGGCGCAACCACAGAGCGAAACACUUCAGAAAAUACGAACCUAUGUUCAAGAGACUGCUAAGCUGCAAGACCAUCUGAUGGAUUUGGACGCGUCCAAUACCGAGACGCGUCUGGAGCAAACCGUGAGGGAACUGCAAGCACGCGUCGAAGAACAACAAGCUGCGUUGCAAAAGCUGCGAUUGCGAUCAAACAUUGAUUUGGAGGGCGCCGCAUAUGCCUCCUCCGACCCGCGACAAAAACUGCAACAGCUCCUAGCUGUCAAGGACGCGUACAGACGUCUCACACCGACUGCACCUUUUCUUCCUUCUCAGGACUCGGCUCUUCCUCCACUUCUGGCAGCGCGCACUUUCCAGCAAAAUGUUCAGGGCACUAAGGAUGCGAUCACCAACACGCAAGAUCAGGUUACGAAAACUGAUAUGAGGCUUCGACGCGAGGAAGCUAAUCUCCAUGAUGCAAACCUCAUUACGCAAGCUAUGGAGGACCGUAUCGAUAGACUGCGCGCACAGCAUGAGGAUCGAUCACAGAAGACUCCUGCCCAGCUCGCUCGUGAACUGAUCGCGGCCAAGCGGGCCCAAAGUGAGAGCUACGAUGAAGACAUGCAACGACUCAGCGAAGCGAUGAACAACUUCAUCAAUGACGAUCUGGCCGCCAUGAUCGCAGCUGAAGAACUUGGCGGCCCCGUUGUGGGAGACAUGCUAGGUGUAGAGGGUGACACUCUCGCAGCUGGCUUCACCAAGCAAGGACGCGCUAAAUCAACGAAAAAGCCUGUUUCAGACAAGACACGCCAGCGCAGAAUCGACCAGAUAUGGGGCAGCAACGCUGCUGUAGAGGACGAUGAGGAAGAACCACCCACUGAAGCUGAAGCCGCACACGCUGAAAUGAGCCAGCUGAUCGAGAAUCUGUUCGCAACGCUCGCAGGUCCCGGGGGGAAGGCGUACUUCCACCUUGAGAGGGAUUCUGCGGCGUCGAGGUUCCUGGUUAGAGCGAAAAUUGCACAGUUCCACCCAAAAGAUGCGCAGAAGUUACGGCUGAUCGACUUCGGAAGGGAAUUAGACGACUGAUAGAAAGAUCCGAUUAUUUCGUUUCUCUCUUGUACGCGCUUAAGUCCAUGGUCUCAUAGAAACCAAGACUGGGAAGGGCAUGUGAGAGGCAAGCGUCGAGUCGAAGUACCAGUGAGACAAAAUAAAGAGCUAUUCCAUAGACGAGUGAGGAGUCCAGGCAGUACAAGAGAGGUGUCUUCUUGGUCACCGGAAGCGCCGUGAUAACAGGGUUUCUUCUUCUCCCUUCUACACGUGUCUUUCGCUGGAACUGUAUUUAACAGAUCUUCCAUCUAUCAACUUCUCGCGAAUACCUGUGGCUGUGCAUCCAAAACCUGUCUACAACAUCUCUCUACCAAAACGUCCUAUCUAAAUCAUACGUGUAAUAAAACCCUCUAUAUCCCUCUAACCACGGCGCUAUAUUGCCGAUUGCAACUGCCUUUUCUGAGACACAGUUCGAAUACCCUAGGCCUGAAAAAGUGAUCGCCCCAUCGC